GUGACCUAAACUGGGACAUGCUUAACACUCUGGCCAUCCUACAAUCUGAGAUUGAUGCCCUGAAUCUCACACAUUAUCAAUGCACCCACCAGGUAAAACCCCAAAUCCGUAAACACGGGCACUCUCAAAGAUAUCAUCCUAACCAACCUGUCCUCUAAAUAAAUAUCUGCUGUCUUCAACCAGGAUCUCAGCGAUCACUGCCUGCAUCCGUAAAAGGUCUGUGGUCAAAAGACCACCCCUCAUCACUGUCAAACGCCCCCUAAAACACUUCAGCGAGCAGGCCUUUCUAAUCGACCUAGCGCAGGUAUCCUGGAAGGAUAUUGACCUCAUUCCAUCAGAAAAGGAUGCCUGGUUAUUCUUUAAAAGUGCAUUCCUCACCAUCUUAAAUAAGCAGGUCCCAUCCCAAAAAUUUGGAACCAGGAACCGAUAUAACCCUUGCUUCACCCCAGACUUGACUGCCCUUGACCAGUGCAAAAACUUCCUGUGGCGUACUGCGUUAGCAUCGACUAGCCCCCGCGAUAUGCAACUUUUCAGGGAGGUUAGGAACAAAUAUACACAGGCAGUUAGGAAAGCGAAGGCUUGCUUUUUCAAGCAGAAAUUUGCCUCCUGUAGCACAAACUCCCAAAAGUUCCAGAACACUAAUGUCCGUGGAGAAUAACAGCACCUCCUCCCAGCACUGAGGCUAGGAAACACUGGCACCACUGAUAAAUCCACGAUAAUUGAAUGUCAAUAAGCACUUUUCUAUGGCUGGCCAUGCUUUCCACCUGGCUACCCCUAACCCAUGCAACAGCCCUGCACCCCCCCACAGCAACUUGUCCUAGCCUCCCCCAUUUCUACAUCACCCAAAUCCAGACAGCUGAUGUUCUGAAAGAGCUGCAAAAUCUGGACCCCUACCAAUCAGCCGGGCUAGACAACCUGGACCCUCUUUCUAAAAUUCUGUUCAACCUCUCUUUUGUAUCGUCUGAGAUCCCCAAAGAUUGGAAAGCUACGGUGGUCAUUCCCCUCUUCAAAGAGGGAGACACUCUAGACCCAAACUGCUACAGACCUAUAUCUAUGCUACCCUGCCUUUUCUAAGGUAUUCGAAAGCCAAGUGAACAAACAGAUCAGCGAACAUUUCGAAUCCCACCGUACCUUCUCCGCUAUGCAAUCUUGUUUCCGAGUGAUCAUGGGUGCACCUCAGCCACGCUCAAGGUCCUAAACAAUAUCAUGACCGCCAUUGAUAAAAGACAAUACUGUGCAGCUGUAUUCAUUAAUCUGGCCAAGGCUUUUGACUCUGUCAAUCACCACAUUCUUAUCGGCAGACUCAUCAGCCUUGGUUUCUCAAAUGACUGCCUCACCUACCUCUGGCAGCCUAUGGGGGUGCCACAGGAUUCAAUUCUCGGGUUGACUCUUCUCUGUACACAUCAAUGAUGUCGCUCUUGCUGUUGGUGAUUCUCUUAACCACCUCUACGCAGACAACACCAUUCUGUAUAGUUCUGGCCUUUCUUUGGACACUGUGUUAACUAACCUCCAGACUAGCUUUAAUGCCAUACAACUUCUUCCAUGGCCUCCAGCUGCUCUUAAAUUCUAGCAAAAUGAAAUGCAUGCUUUUCAACCAAUCGCUGCCCACACCUGCUCGCCCGUCCAGCAUCACUACUAUGGAUGCCUCUGAAUAUGUGGACGCUUUUAGAAUAUGUGAAAAUACAUAGGUGUCUGGUUAGACUAAACUCUCCUUCCAGACUCACAUUAAGCAUCUCCAAUCCCAAAUUAAAUCUAGAAUUGGCUUCCUAUUUCACAACAAAGCAACCUUCACUCAUGCUACCAAACAUACCCUCGUAAAACUGACUAUCCUACCGAUCCUUGACUUCGGCGAUGUAAUUUACAAAAUAGCCUCCAACACUCUACUCAGCAAAUUGGAUGCAAUCUAUCACAGUGCCAUCCGUUUUGUCACCAAAGCCUCAUACUACCCACCACUGCGACCUGUAUGCUCUUGCGGGCUGGCCCUCACUUCAUAUUUGUCGCCAAACCCAUUGACUCCAGGUCAUCUACAAGUCUUUGCUAGGUAAAGCCCCGCCUUAUCUCAGCUCACUGGUCACCAUAGCAGCACCCACCCGUAGCACGCGCUCCAACAGGUAUAUUUUACUGGUCACCCCCUAGCCAAUUCCUAUUUUGGCCGCCUUUCCUUCAGGUUCUCUGCCAAUGACUGGAACGAACUUCAAAAAUCACUGAAGCUGGAGAGUCCUAUCUCUCUUACUAGCUUUAAGCACCAGCUGUCAGAGCAGCUCACAGAUCACUGCUCCUGUACAUAGCCCAUCUGUAAAUAGUCUAUCCAACGACCUCAUCCCCAUACUGGUAUUUAUUUAUUUAUUUUUUCUCCUUUGCACCCCAGUAUCUCUACUUGCACACUCAUCUUCUGCACAUCUGUCACUCCAGUGUUUCAUUGCUAUAUUGUAAUUAUUUUGCCACUGUGGCCUAUUUAUUGCCUUACCUCCCUUAUCCUACCUCAUUUACACACACUGUAUAUAUCCUUUUUCUACUGUGUUAUUGACUGUUUGUUUAUUCCAUGUGUAACUCUGUAUGUCUUGCUUUGCUUUGUCUUGGCCAGGACUCAUUUAAAAAAAAAAAAAAAAAAAAUUGCUGCGUCAUUGCGCAAAAUGGUAUGCAGCAUCAAGUUAAACAUUCACCUUAUACUACCAAUUCUGUCAAGCCGUGUGCGUAUACAGUUUGAUGCAUACUUUCGAUAAAUCCGACUUAUGUACAACACAGAACGUACUGCAAAUGCCUCUGCAACACAAAUGCAGCGGCCCAUUGGAAAUGAAUGUACUUCUGAUGUACCAAAAUGACGCUGUCUGUGUGAUCAAGGCAUAAAUUCAGGAACAACUGAAAAGUAUGCGUCUUACAAAGUUAGAAUGAGAACUAUUUCUAUGUCUGAUCUCAGAAUCAAAUAGUCUUUGCAAAAAUAACAUGGUCACUGUGGUAGAGCGUUUAUUGUGAUGGGCGAUUUUUCUGCAUUUAUCAAAAGUCCCGUCAAGUAGCCUGAUUUUCAAAUGUGUCCGUGUAAACAGGAUUAUUAGGGAUUAUAAUACAUUUGUGCCAGUAAUUUUGUCCAUGCCAUUUGCCUUUAUUCUCUGAAUUUAAACUUAAGGUUACUAAAAUAAAGUUUGUUCUGCAAUGUUGAAAAUCAUUUUUUUUUUAAACCUAGAAGAAAUAGGGAAUUGUUUAAUAAAAGUGCAGGGUGCCAAUGUAUUUGGCAGCAACUGUACCUCCCUACCUCUAAAAGUCUACCUCUUGGAUGAUGUAGGAACACAACUGAUAUGGGAAUAGUCUGUGGAAUAUCGUCUUUGUUAAAAGCAAAGCCAUGUGGGUUUUUUUUUUCAAAUCACAUCUCUGCUAAAGGACAUAUAAUUUCAAAGAAGCCAUGUGUUUCAGAUUUAAGAUUAAAGGGAUGCUUAGGCCUUGCUGUGUUUAUGAGCCUGGCCCUGCUUUGGUGAGUCUUUGUCAUGACAUGUUCUUUAAUUAAAUCUUACAAUACUUUUGCCGCACACGCUGCACCACCUGAGUGGUCGGAUGCAAUGCGCAAGUACAUGCAUGUACCCCAGGCAGUAUUUAUCUGGAGGAGUUAGUUGUAAAUGGCCCAGCACUCUUCCAGUUCCACCACAUGAUCCACUCUAAACAAGCGACAGCUUUUCUGAGGCAUACGAUGCAAUGUGGUUUGAGAGUAGUAAGGCAUGAAAACAAGGUUGGUAUUACCAUCUGGAAGCAUGUAAUGUGUGAUAUGACAAAGCGCUAUAAAUACAUAAUCAUUCAGCAUUCCAGCUUAGAGACCUGUAUGUUUGGUACACAUCAAGCCCCUAGCAUAGGGUGACCCCUAGUAAUUUAAGAGGGAGGGGAGAGAGGGGCCCUCUGCAACUUUGAUUUUCAAACCCACUGACCCUGCUUUCCCCAACUCCCAACCCUCCACUCUUUUCCCGUCCCAUUUGGAACAGCUGCAGAAUAAUUUAAAACGCAAAGUGUCUGGCCUUCCAAUUAGUUUACUGUCACUGACCAGGAAUGGCUCUCUAGGCCAUUUCACCUGAAGUUUUUAACCACAAAGGACUUUUUAUGCCUCAGUGCCUAGCAGCAGCUCCAAAAUAAGGCCUGGGAGGAGUGUGACAUGAGGUCUCACAACUAGCUCUGCUAUCUCUCACACUGACUCCCUAACGGGCUAGCUCCUCUCCUUCGGUCCAGGCCCAAGGCUGCCUCUGGUCUGAAGAUUUCCCCCACCUGUUGUCCUCAUCAGUAGGUCUGCUCUGCAGUGGGAGAAGAGACACCAGGCAGGCACUGCUGGAUGCUGAGGUGUUCUGGAGCUACCUCUUCAGUCACACACAAAGUUUGGCAGGGAUCAAAGGAGGUGUAAACAGGCCUGUUUUUCUCCCAUCUGUUGCUGUAAUGGAUCCCAGGUCUCCUGAAAAAGCCCUGACAGUGGUUGCUGAGAGGAAUGGAAUAAAAUAAGAGUUGCACAAAAAAAAUAGAGUAAAAACAACCACAGUGCUGUGGUGAAAAUGUAAGAAAUUCCCAGGGCUGAUUGUGGUAACUUUUACAUUUUUUUAUAAGGAUGGUAAAUGUUUGGAUACGUUGUUGACCAGCUAUAUUUUUGUAUUUAAAAAAAAAUAUAUAAUUUAACCUUUUAUUUAACUAGGCAAGUCCGUUAACAAAUUCUUAUUUACAAUGACGGCCUACACAGGCCAAACCCGGACGACGCUAGGCCAAUUGUGCCGCCGUUUGGGACUCCCGAUCACAGCCGGUUGUGAUACAGCCUGGAAAAGAGUCAGGGUGUCUGUAGUGACACCUCAAGCACUGAUAUGCAGUGCCGUAGACCGCUGUGCCACUCUGGAGCCCAAAGGUGAUGAGGCUUGCUGUAUAUGACCUGUGAUCAUUCUGUCUUUUGGAAAGAGAACUACACAUGCUUUUUCUUGAAGUGUCCCAAUGGCACUAACUGCAAUGAUAUCUCCGUCGAUGACCUGAUAAGGAUACAAGAUAAAAACAUCAGUGAUCUUAAGUGUGAUGCUGGACCUACCACUGAGUCUUCAAGUUCCAGUUCCAUAACGUCAUCAGAAAUCUAUCAAAACCCCACUGCUCCUGAAUUGACAGCCAGCAAUAAUGCCAAUCAAAUUACAGACACCUCUGCCCUCAAUGAGACUGACUCUACCUUGCAUUUUCGUGAGGAAAAUGGGCAGGCCCCCAUCUCCACUGCAUUUACUACCAUUACUGCAACACCCAUGCCAGCCGCUGAGAAUGACACCUUCAUUCCAAGUAAGACUGUUAGCAAUGCCUCCAGAGGAACUACAGUACCUGACAUACCCCAUAAGCCAACAGUCCAAACCUCUGAGACAACCACUUCAGUAAAGCAGGAACCCAGAACUACAAGGACUCCCUCAGCCCUGACCCCUCCACCAGCCAAUCCACAGAUGACGACGACAACAGCAUUAUCAACAACAAAUACCACUACUAUCACCACUGUAGUACCAGUAGCAAUGCUGUUAACUACCACCACCACAACACACCCAACAACAAAACCACCACCAACAACUACCACCACAACAGCAAUACCACCACCACCACCAACAACUACCACCACAACAAUACCACUAACAACUAUUGCAAACAUAACCACCCCUACCACCAUAGACUCAUCUACAGUUGUGGAGAGGAAUCCAUCACCAACCAUUCCGGCGGUCCCCAGCUCUCAAGCUACCUCCAGAAAUGCCAUAGUCCCUUCGACCUUCACUGUUGAGGUCAGCACAAAAAGGCUUGAUGGAGGUACCAACAGAGCCAUUAUAGACGUUGUUGCCGGGGGGCCUCUGACACGCCAGUUGGUGGACACAAGUAUCCUAUUGGCUGUCCUGUUGUUUGGCCUCGUCUUCUUCCUGGUUAUGGUUGUCCUCUUCCUCACACAGGCCUAUGAGAGCUACAGGAUGAAAGACUACACCCAGGUGGACUAUCUCAUCAAUGGAAUGUAUUCUGAUUCAGGGGUUUGAAAGUGUCAGUUGAGUGUUUGUUUUUCUAAUUUCUUUAUUGGAACAGGGUUAAUAACUUGUGAGUUAACAGAGUGCCAAUUUUGCACCAGCCUUUGCUGUAGUAUUGUAUAAUUGUUCUGUCUUAAUGGUACUCAUGCCAAUUUCAUAGAUUUUCUUUCUUCAGCUACUGUAUGUAUAAAUUGCUCCAGGCCUGUUGUGGUUUUAUUCAGGCCUUAACCUCUUACGAAGGGCCAACAAAUGCACCUCUUGGUCAUCAGGCCAAGGGCCAAAGUAUCGCAACAGUGGUUUGUUUGUCCUAUAUUUCUGUCUUACAUUUCUACGCAAAUGCUUCUAGCCCCAACCCAUAGGACGAAAGACAUAUAUGGUUAAGUACGUUUUUUUCCUAAGGAAUGUCAUUUGGAUUGUUGUGGGAAAGAGGGUGAAAAGGUUUAUAUGUCCGGUGUUUAUUAUUUUGUAUCUAUUGCGUUGUAUGUAUGUCAUUUUUCAUGCCUUUUUCUUUGUUCAUGACGAGCAUAUUUCCUUUGUUUACCAUUCAUCUCCUUGGAUUAAGAUUGAAUGCCAAAUGGAUCACUGAAGCACAUUAACGUUGAAGCCAAGGGAAUUGUCUAGCCAUUUAUAAAGGAGGAGGAACAGUUUGUAUGAUGACCAAAAGACUUUCCAAGGCAGAGGAACUUCUGUCAAGGGUGGAAAUGGGUAUGAAGGCCUGUUAUGUGCCAAUUUUAAGUCUUACUAAUGCACUGUUAAAUUACGGUAUUUGCAGUAAAGGGGGAAAAAAGUAAGAAUAAAAUAAAUUUUCCUUUCAUAUUUCACAAAAGAAAGUUUGAUAAAAUGGCAGUAGGGGUAAAUCAGCACUUUAGCAAUAUGCAUUAGUAGGCUGCUAGUCUUUCAACUGUUGUAAGACUUAAGAUUUCUGCAGGCCUGUGAACAGUUUCCCAGGCAGGGAGAAAUAUUGAUGUUUAUUACAAGGGCAUAUCAAUCAGUCUGGGUGUACUCAAGGUGGUGCACAUAAAUAUCCCACAUCUGUAGCCCAGUAAUUACUUCCUGGGAAUGUGAUGCACAUGUAAUGUCUGAGAAGGUUUGAAAGUGUGGACUAGGAAUUAAUUGACAGAAGAACAUAAUGAGAGCAGGGAGAUGGUCUGACACCUUAACAAUGCACUCACCAGUGAUGCAUUUAUUUUUUUUGGGGGAAACAACAUGGAUUCCAAUUGUAACAUUUGGGAGAAAACAACUUUUGGUACCUCGAGGCAGUUUUUAAAUGGUGUUUUUCUGCUGUGUUUCUGCUUAGCUCUCUUCAUUCCAGUGCUUUCUAAAAUGUCCUUGUUCAGACAUCUAUUACCUUGGACUUUAUCCCUGUUUCACACACAGUUCUCGUGGGAACUUCCUGGUCCACACAUGCUCUAGUUUCCCAUUUCCUGGAAUAGUUAGCAAUAAAAUAACCUUUUUGACCCUUGCCAAAUAAUAUUGCAUUUAGUAAAAAAAUAACUAACAAUUGGUUGCUACAGUAUUUGUCAUUGAUAAUUUAUCACCCCUCUGCAAUUCCCCAAUAUAUUGCUGCCAAGACCUGAUAUUCAUUUAAAAAAUAAAAAAUUCUACUUCAA